GAGCCAUAAGCAGGUAGGGUGCGGGGCGUCAGCGGGUAAAUGAAACGUAACGUUCCGAACGCGAUUUCAGAACGCUGAGAAAAAGCAGUCUGACUUUCAACCGUUUCGUUACACGACCAAAAAAAUAAAAAGUUUUGCCAGUACAUUACCGCCUACCUACCGCACCUGUGCCACUUUCAUCUGCAAGGAUAUUUUAAGCAAAGGUGCGGAUAAAUUUAGAAUGUGGGCUUCGGACAAACGUUCCCCAGGUACGGGAUCUCAGCACGAGGCGCUCCCUCGACACGCGCAUCACGUUCCUCCCGCACGUUUGGUUGCAGGAGCUUUGCAACUGAUAACCGAGCCCUAAUGCUCCCGACACACUCCGCUGACCUCCGCUCCCGCGGGAUCCCUUUAUUUGGCACCGCACACGCGGCUCUCCGGGCAGCCGCGAGCCCGGGUUCGCCACACGAAGGACAAACACACGAAGCGAAGCCGACCCCAACUUCCUCGGGAGAAGAGAGCCCGGGAGCAGCCGAGCGGAGCUUACCUCCUCCACGCCCGCGAUCGUGUGUAUUUCGCACGCGCACGGACCUCUACAAAGAAGUCUCAAAGCCGAAGCGCUGUCGCACGCUCAAAGACAUCCGUCGGAAGUGCACGAAAGCGGCGGCCUCUCGCUGCUAUGUCAAGACAUGCCCGGGGCGGCGAAAAGACCAAACGAGCCGAGAACGCGGCUCUCGCCCCGCCGGCAGGAGAGCGGCGACGCCGAUUUCCGAGACAAAGGCUUUUUCUAACGCUUCUUCCCCCGGCUGCCGAGCGCGGCUCCCGCCUCCUCCCCGACCGCCGCGGCUCCCGCUGGGCUCGGGGCAGCGCUCGGCGGCCGCGGGGCCCCGCGGUGCGGCUGGGGGCGGGCGGGCUGCGGCCGGCCUGGAUGGAGCCGCGGAGCGGCGGCCCCGGCGGGGGCGCGGCUGACAUCACGGCGCGGCAGGAAGGAGGGCGGGCGGCAGCCGCCGCCAAUGGGGCGGAUUUAAGCAGCCCGGCACGGGGAACCGCGGGGGGGGAGGUGUCGGGACGGGGGCACCGCGGGCAGAAGGAGCCGUGCCGGCGGCGCUCCGCUGGGACGCGCUUCGCCGUAUGCGUGACGACGCGGCUCGGCGGUCUGCGAGGGCUCGGCCCCGGGGGGCUGCCCGCCCGGCUCCCGGUACAAAAGAAACGGCACACAGCGUGCGGAGGGGAGAGACCGGCACAGGAUGUGAAGGCCUCACCCAUUUCCCUUUUGGUCAGCCCGUCGCUAUCGGUCUGCGGAGUUCGCUGCACAAAUAAAACUGUUUCUCUUUUUUUCUUUC